ACUUAUAUCAAAUAAACUACAAUUUGAUGGUAAAGUGGUUAAAACAUCACAAUUCGGUCCAUGAUAUAGUUUAUUUGAACAUUCAUCACAAAAGAUACCACUACAAGUCAAACAAGAUGAUGCACAUUCUCAAAUAAUUAUUAUUUAUAAUUACAUUAGCAAAUCCCAUUUGAAUCCUUAUAUUGUGUACUAUUGCAUGCACAUUGAUUACUAACAAGUAUAUUUGAGGAAUGACAGCAGAUAUUAUUCGGUUAUAAGACAUAAUUUGUAUAACAACUCUAACAAAGUGUACUACUAUAGACACAUGUUUGACAAUUCGAAUCACAUAUUUAGCAUUCGUCAUUUAUAAAGUAAUAGCCAGGAUCACAAACGCAGGAAUUGCUUGAUUAUAAAGUACUGUAUGGUCCACAACUUAAACAUUCAUAUUCUAAUUAUCCAAAGCAAGUCAAGCAUCGUUUAUUACAAGCUAUGUAAAUGUAUUAUUAUACCUUAACAAGUAGAAAAUAAAAUAGAUUUAAACAAGAAGUAAUUAGUUUAACAAACGCAUUCAUUAGUUAUUAGUGUCCUGUCACUUGAGCAACUCAAACAAAUCUCAUAUUCACUACAUGUCUAACAAUUUGUAUGACAUUCUCUCAUAAAUCAAUUCAUUACUUUUACAAACAGGAUUUCCUUGUAUUUCAUAGUAGCCAUCAUAACACACGCAUUUAUUAUCUAUUAAGGAUCGAUUGGAAUCAAUAAGACAUUUGAUGCAAUUGUCAAUACCAGAACCGCUGCAAA